AUGUAUCAUCUAUUGAAAUAUAUUUUUAUUCUAUUUUCAAUAAAUCAAUCAAUUUAUUGUUCAUAUCGCUAUGCUGGUUGUUAUACACAUGUAUUUUUUAAUACUUAUUUUACUAGUUCAUUUAUGGAACCAACAUUAUGUUUUCGAUUAUGUGAUACACCAAUAAUUUAUUUACAAAAAACUAUUUGUCGUUGUUCUGGUGGUGGUCUUAUGCAUUAUGAUGAACAACCAAAGGAAAGUUGUUCAACACCAUGUACAAAACCAGUUGAUCGAUCUAUAAUAUCAACUAAUACAUGUGGUGGUUCAGGAACAUAUUCAGUUUAUGUUCAAAGCGCUUUCUAUAGUUUACAUGGACAUUUAUUUACUUAUAAGAUUCAAUUUUCAGCAUGUGAAUUAUGGAAAAAUUCGGAUGUUUAUGAAACAUAUAGUGUUAAAUUAAGUGGAAUUAGUGUAAAAUCAUCUUUAAAUAAAUUAGAAAAAUGUGCAGCAGCAUGUUUAGAUCAAAAUGCAACAACAAAAUCAAUAGGAUUUAAUGAUGAUAGUGAUAAAUGUUUAUGUAUAAUGCCAUUGAAACCUGCUAAAUAUUUUGAACGAACACAUUAUGUAGAAGCUCUAUCCAAUAAUUCAUGUGAUCGUUAUUGUAAUAAUAUCUAUGAAGGUUCGAAAAGUGAUCUUAAAUAUCAAUGUGGUUCAUUAACAGAUCCUAAAGUAUGGGCCAUAUAUGAUUUAAAUGGUACAUGUCCAAUUGAUUAUGUUUAUAUACAAGAAUUAAAUAAAUGUGUAUAUAAAUAUAAAAAUUUUUGGAAUUCAUGUACACCACCAGCUGUCGGCUAUAUUCAUAAUGGGAAUUUUUCAUGGAAUGGUUUAUUAAAAAUGAUCGGUAGACUACAAUUAAAUGAAUCAGCUGUAACAAUUGAAUUUGAUGACGAUACUGUUGUUGAUUCAACAUGGAAAUGUGCACCUGUAGUAGUCGCAUCACCAUCAUAUUCAUCAAAUUCAUGGAGAUCAUAUUUAGCACAAGCACGUUCAACUUUAUAUGGAGUUAAUUCUGUUACACGAUAUAUAUUAGAAAGUGGAUGUUUACGUGAAAUUUCAUAUUCAUCAUAUGCACAUCGAUAUUCAUAUCGUUUAUGUGUAACUGAUCCAAUUAAUAAAUAUUCUUCGAAUAAUGAUGAAGAUAGUAUUGGCACUCAAAUUUUUGCUAUAAAUCCUGAUAAACAAUACUGUCCAACGAAUUGGUUUGAUUUAAAUGGACGUUGUUAUCGUAUUUCAGAUGAACGUAAAACAAUAGAAGAAGCACGAAAUAGUUGUAUUAGUGUAUCAUCAUCAUCAUCAUCAUCCUCAACAACAACAGAAGCAAAUAAAAUAUGGUUGAUUGGUGAUACUGAUAAGAAUGAUGAUAAUGAAUUAAGCGAUACACCAACUGGUGAAAUUGUUGAAUAUAUAUCUGAAUGGCAAAGUCGACUUGGAUUUUUUCUUCUUGAUACAGAUCCUGAUCAUGAUGAGGAUUACCCAGAUGCAACAACACCAUCGUUACCUAGUAUUUAUUAUGAUGAGGCUUUAAUAUCAUCAGAUAGUAAUAAUACAGCUAAUAAUACUAAUCAUGGAGCAAUCAAUGAGUUUCAUAUAAUUGAAGCAAAUGAAAAUAAUACUACAAGUAGUAAAGAUAAUACGUGUUUUCUUGUAACACGUUCAAUAAGUGAAGAAGAAGAAAAACCUAUUUUACAAGGUACUCCAAUAAAUAGUUGUUCAAAACCAAGACAUGUUUUAUGUGAAACAAACACAUUGAUUGUUCAAAAUUUUCAAACUGCUUGUUUGCGUAAACCCAAAGCACUUGAUUUACCAGCAUUAAUAUCAAAUCAAUUAACACAUGAAUUAUGUUUACAUAUUUGUCAAGAAUUACAAACUAAAUUAGCUAUUUUACAUAUUAAUAAAUGCUAUUGUUUAAAUGGUGCAACUCCAAGUUUAUUAAAUAUAACAACAGAUUUUAAACAAUUUCAACAGAAAUCAUGUGGAAAUUCUUGUCCAGGUAAUUCUCAUGAAAUGUGUGGUAAUGAAGAUACCAUUGUUGCUUAUCAAAUUCUUGAUUCUCGUCGUACAUUUACAUUUAGUCGUACACCAGCUGAACCAUUUCCUAAAUAUACAUUUGAUAGUUGUAUAAGCUUAAAUUUCUUUAAUCAAUCUACAACCUAUCAAUUUACAAUUCAAAAUCAACAUGAUUUUCAUCCACGUUAUUGCUUAAAAUUAUGUACAAAAUAUAAUCAAAAAUAUGCAUUAAUUAAUAAUGGAACAUGUUUAUGUACAAAUACAGUAUUGAAAGGUGAUGAAGAUAAUAGUAUGACAUUACCUGGACAAAAUUGUUCUCAAUUAUGUCCUGGUAAUCAUUUUUAUUCAUGUGGUCAUAAAGAUAAUAAAAAUAUAUAUUCAAUGUAUAUAUUAAAGCCAAAAUGUCGACAUGGUUUUGAAGUUGCAGAAAAUAAUCAACAAUGUGUUUAUAGUUAUUAUGCUACUAAAGUACAAAAUCUUCAAGCUGCACAAAAUUAUUGUCGAUCUAUUGGUACAUCACUCGCAAAAAUAAAGGAUAUUAUUCAAAUUCAAGAUAUUUUACCUGAAUCAAUAUUACAUACACGUCUUAUGCAACAAUUACUUGUUUUUUAUAAAUUUAAAUAUGUCAAUGAUACAAGAUAUUAUUGGAUUGAUCGUACAAAUGAUAAGCCUCAUAAUAAUACAAUAUCAGAUCGUUUACUUAAACAAUGUUCUGAUAUACCAGAAUUUAUUGAUCAAAAUUGUAUAUCUGUUAAAUUUGUUGCAAAUUCAAAUGAUAGUCAAACAACAAGUCAUGAAAGAUGUAUCAUUGAAUCAAAUGCUUGUUUAACAGAACAGGCUAUGCCAAUUUGUGUUGAUCAACAUAUAGAACCUGUACCAGAAUUUGUUCCACCUAUUGCAGAUGAUGAUCCGUCGGACAUAACAGUUGAUAUUGUAAUUGAUCAUUCAUGUGAUGAAAAUAAUGAUUAUCAUUUUGUUGAUGAUUAUUGUUAUAAAGUUUUUCCGGAAGAAGUUAGUUGGAAUGAUGCUAAAUCAAAAUGUCAACUUGAUAAUGCAACAAUAUUUGUUCCUGAAAAAUCUGUUGCAUUACAAUAUGUAAAAUCAUUAUUUCUACGUCAAAAAACUUAUGCAUCAUCUAGUUUUGCACAUGUAGGUGUUUAUUAUGAUAAUUUAAAUAAUACAGUUGUACAAUAUAACACCUUAAAGGAAGGUGAUGCGUUAAGUAUACCAAAUUCAAAUGCUAUUUAUAAUUUAUGUGAAAAAACAUUUCAAGAACGUUAUACAGCAGUAAUGUCAUCAUCAGCUUUGCAAUCAAAUGAAAAGAACCAAUUAAAAAAACAACAGUUAGGUUGUGCAUAUAUGGAUAUAACACCUAAUGCUAUACCAACUAUCCGAUGUGAUGAAAUUCCUUGUAGUCUAAAAGCAAACGUUAUCUGUCAAAAGCUACCAAUCUUGAAAACAAGUAGUUUUACAGUAAAACGGGAAUAUAUUGUAAUACCACCAACUGAGUCUACACAAAAUAUUCCAUCUACUACAACAGCAACAAUAUUAUCUGAUGAUCAAACAACAACAACAUCACCAUCAUCAUCAGAUAGUGUAUCUGAUGAUCAAUCAGAAAAUGAUUCUACUGAUAUCAAAAAAUCAGUUGGAAGAGAUUUUGCUCCCAUAUUUUUUAUUUUAACUAUUAUUUUUUCUUUAAUAAUUCUUGGUUUUAUAAGUACAAUGUAUAAUCAUCGUGGUUCAAUAUUUCGUCGUUCACAUCGGCGUACACCAAAUUCUGUCUAUUCUCAAUUAACAUCUGCAAAUGAUUUUGAUUUAAAUUAA